AUGGAUCCCUCUACUGCCACGAAGAAGUUCAAGUCUUCCCAAUUCUUAAACAAAAUCAUCACAAAGGAUGACAUAACGCCGCUGUCUAGAGGCAAAACUGGUAUCAGUAGCAAGGAAAACAAUGGUGCAGAGGGUUCAGUGAGACAUAAUGUCAUUGUCGACAGCAUACCUACCUCGGAGUCUAGUCAUGUUUCCGAUACGGAAACGGUGGAUUCUGCCGCUGAGUCGGACUCUUUGUUCUCGCCAUUGUCGUCGUCGUUGCAAGUCAACGAUUUCCAAGAGGAGGACAUGUACGAGAACUUCGGUUCUUUUGCUAACGGGUUAGAGAAAUUCCCUAAUUACGAUCUUGGCUGUCUGGAGAACAACACGGGGAGUAAAAUCAACAAUUUCGGGAGUUUGAAUGCGGGUCUCGUUUUCGAAAACACUGAAGUUGGAUUACCCCUCGACUCAAACGAGAUGCUAAACAAUGACGAGUUCUGGAAGGAGGUUACGCUCACCGAUGAAGAGGCUAUCUUUUUCGAGAACAACCAUCAGGACACUCAAAGGAGGAACUCUGUUAUGCAACAGACCCCACAGGACAUCUCAAACACUUGCUUGGAAGAUUUCGUCUCCGACGACCUGUUGUCUCCCAUGAAUAAGGACUGGGCGGACAACCUCUUCAAUGAUUCACAGUACAAAGUGAAGUUACUCUGCUAUAGAGAUGCAGAUGGCAACCUAUCGUUGAAAACGAGAAGCGUUCCUCAACGUACAGUCUCUACAACUGCUGGGACCGGGUUCAUAGGCAAAAAGAAGCUGAACAAACGCAAGAAGCUUUUGAAGAAAUGCAUAAGGCGUAAUAGCGGUGUAGGUGCCAUGAUUUCCACGGGUGUUGGUAUGAAUGAAUUUAUGCUGUGA